AUGGUCAUGUCAUUUCUGAUACUUUUUGAAAAUCGAAGCACUUUAAUUGUCAAUAAUAUUUUUCGAUUUCAAAAUAAUUCAACUAGGAAUUUAUGGUUGUUUCUCAAUAUUUUUGGAUGUAUGGCAUUGAUGGUCCCCAUUUUUUUGAAUUUCCCGAAUCCAGAUGACGCGAGGAUGGUUUUGUUGAAGAAUUCGCAUUUUUCUGAAAUACUGAGAUUUCAAAUUUAUUGGAAAAAAGUCGAUAAACAAAAUUUCGAAUAUCAAAAUUCCGAAAAACAUUCCCCUGUCCCCCAGAAUACUUUUUCACCGAAAAUAUCAUGGUUUACCCUUUGGAAGGCUUCUGGAAACUCUACACAAGUGCAAUGA